CACAGUUUAGCUUGACACAGAAGAGAUGAUCAAGGGGAUCCUCAUCGUGAACAACCACGGCAAGCCGCGCAUCGUCAAGUUCUACGAGCACGUGCCCGAUGCCGAGCAGCAGGCCGUGAUCAGAGAUAUUUACACGCAAGUGUCCAAGCGUCCUGACACGCUUUGCAACUUCCUCGAGGGAACAGUGCGGUAUUGGGGAGACGGUGUGAAACUCAUCUAUCGGCAUUACGCGACGCUUUACUUCGUCUUCGCGGUGGACAAGCAAGAGAGCGAUCUUGGGAUCUUGGACUUGAUUCAAGUGUUUGUAGAGACGCUGGACAAGAUCUUCGAGAAUGUAUGCGAGUUGGACCUGAUUUUCCAUAGUGACAAGGUUCACUACGCGCUGGAUGAGAUCGUCAUGGGUGGCAUGGUACUGGAGACCAACAUCAACGAGGUGCUGACGGCCGUGAACGAGAUGAACCGCAUGGACAGCAUCUCAUCCAGACGCUCGCUGCAGUCCACCAUCAAGAAGUAACAGAACGAACGAGAGUGUAUUGGCUGACCGCGCUUUGCAAUCACAGUAGUUGAGUUCUGCACGUGAAUCACCGGUCGAUUUUUAAGUGCCUGCGGCUGGUUACGGCACUGCAAUCGGCUAUCCUCUAUGUCCGCUGCAUCGUGCCUCUCUCUGGCCUAAAUAAGCUUGCUCUUCUUGCUCUUCUUCUCGUCUGCAGUCAGGGCCGCCAGGGCCUUAGCCUCCUCCUCGCGGUCGCGCAGUGCCUUGGCCUCUGCCUCCUGAGCGGCCUCCUUUGCCUUGGCCAGCGCCUCCUCAUCCGGCAGCUUGCCGCCCAGAUCCAGUACGAGCUUCUCCAACACCUCCACCUUCUCGUUGAGUUUCUCCUUUUCGCUUACUGCAGUCUCGAAUCGCUGCUUGUACGACACCAUCUGCGACGAAAGUGACAGCGUCAGGAACGCAAUGCCGAUGUUAAACACGUUAAGCUUCUGCGUGCGCAGGUGCGAGAUGAAGGACGUGGGGUAUUCUAACCAGCAAUAGCAGCAGUGUAUGAUAGUCAAGUAGGCAACAGCAACGGAGUUUCACACUGCAGUAUCGU